CGAGAAGGUCUAGAACAUUGGGCAUUUCAUUCGGUUUCUUCUAAAUAGAACUUUCUAGCUCUCUCUCUCUCAGUUCUCAUUUACUCACAACUUCUCUAUAAUUUUCUCAUUUUUCUCCACUUUACUCUUCACCUUCUCAACACCAACAUUCUUGCUUACUCUAAGUAAAUCUCCAUUCUCUUCUUCUCUCUGUUUUAACAGUGAGUUCUUCUAGUUUGUGUUGUAAGGUAAAACUCUGAUUUCAUUCAUUCUGCAUUUUCUUGAUCUUUCUUUGAGUUUAAUGAACACCCUUUUGCUUAAAACUUAAUCCAACUCAAGAAAGAUUUGUUUUUUUUUUCAUUAUGAAUGUGUUGUUUUCUUUGGUUGGUUGCUUAAUUGAACAAUGUUGGUCCAUCUAAAUGCAAAGUUUCAGUUUUUUUCAUGUGGGGUUGAUUACUUUAUUUCAUCUAUUUAAUCACAAAUGAAAUUGGUUGCUUCGAUUUUGGUGGGCACUGGAGUUCUUUAAUCUGUAUUCAUGGCUGAACAAGCAUAUACUGUGGUAUCUGAUAGUGAAACAACCGGGGAGGAAAAAACUUCAUCGGCUUUCCCUGAGAUAGCAAUUGGGAUCGACAUUGGUACAUCGCAAUGCAGUGUGGCAGUUUGGAAUGGAUCUCAGGUGGAGCUCGUCAGAAACACGAGAAAUCGGAAAUUGAUGAGAUCAUAUGUCACCUUCAAAGAUGAGGUUCCUGCUGGUGGUGUUAGUGAUGAACUGGCUCACGAAUAUGACAUGUUGUCUGGAGCUGCAAUCUUCAACAUGAAACGUCUGAUUGGUAGAGUCGAUACAGAUCCGGUGGUUCAUGCCAGCAAGAGCCUCCCCUUUUUGGUUGAAACUUUAAAUAUCGGUGUCAGGCCAUUUAUUGCUGCCUUAGUGAACAAUAUGUGGAGGUCCACUACGCCUGAAGAAGUUCUUGCCAUCUUUCUAGUUGAACUAAGAGCUAUGGCUGAAGUUAAACUGAAACGUCCAGUGAGGAAUGUGGUUUUGACAGUUCCGGUAUCAUUUAGCCGAUUCCAGUUGACCCGAAUCGAACGAGCCUGUGCCAUGGCAGGGCUUCAUGUUCUAAGAUUGAUGCCUGAACCAACUGCAGUUGCUCUGUUAUAUGCUCAGCAGCAACAGCAGUCUGGACAUGAAAAUAUGGGUAGCGGGAGUGAAAAGAUAGCUCUUAUAUUCAAUAUGGGUGCGGGGUAUUGUGACGUAGCUAUAACAGCUACAGCAGGUGGUGUUUCGCAGAUCAAGGCCUUGGCUGGCAGCACGGUUGGAGGUGAGGAUCUACUUCAAAAUCUGAUGCAUUACCUCUUACCAAACAUGGAUGAUCUAUUCUCAAGCCAUGGAAUUGAAGAAAUAAAGAGAAUGGGAUUGCUUCGAGUUGCCACCCAGGAUGCUAUCCACUUACUCUCAUUCAAUAUGAGUGUCCCGAUUGAUGUCGACUUGGGAAAUGGAACAAAAUUAUCUAAGGUUCUCACGAGGGCAGAGUUUGAAGAGGUGAACAAACAAGUCUUCGAGAAAUGUGAAGCUCUGAUAAAGCGUUGCUUGCAAGCUGCUAAACUAGAAGCAGAAGAUGUACAUGAUGUCAUAAUUGUUGGUGGCUGUUCCUACAUUCCAAAGGUUCGGAACAUUGUCAUGAGUAUAUGCAAAAGAGAAGAGCUUUAUUCAGGAAUGAACCCGCUGGAGGCAGCUGUACGUGGUGCAGCGCUGGAAGGAGCAGUAGCUUCGGGAAUUAGUGAUCCAUUUGGAAAUUUGGACCUGUUAACCAUCCAAGCAACUCCUUUAAGCAUUGGCAUUCAAGCUGAUGGAAGUGACUUUGUACCAGUUAUUCAUCAGAACACCACAACACCAGUAAGGAAAGAACUGAUUUUCACUACUGUCCAUGAUAACCAAGCUGAAGCAUUGAUCCUUGUUUACGAAGGUGACGAGAAAGCAGCAGAAGACAAUCAUCUCCUAGGCUAUUUUAAGAUCAGAGGAAUACCUCCAGCACCAAAAGGUGUUCCAGAGAUUAGUGUGUGCAUGGACAUUGAUGCUUCCAAUGUCCUGAGAGUCUUUGCUGGCGUAAUGGUGCGCGGGACUCAGCAUGCUCCUAUGCCUUUCAUGGAAGUUAGGAUGCCUACAGUUGAUGAUGGACAUGGCUGGUCUGCUCAAGCUCUGCAUAAAAUGUAUGGCUCUACUUUAGAUUUGGUAACAGUAAAGAAAAUACAGCAUUGAGAUUGCUGAAUAGAUAAUAAAGUAAAAGAGACAUAUUAGGUGUUGUAAGUAGUGAAAAAUGUGCCAACUAUUUCAUGUAAAUAUGUGUCUAGUUUUAUAUUUGCCGGAGAAUAAUCUUGGUUGUGAGUGUUGAGAAUAAUAGUUAUAGCAACUGUUGUAACUUUGUCUCAAGAUAUUUAGAGUUUCAUAUUUCCAAUGUAUCCUCUGUUUCAAAAUCAUCUAUCAGUUAUUUGUUGGCUUUUUAUGUAA